CCGCUGCGCAGGCGCACUGCGAUCUCUGUGCCUCUGCAGCAUCAGUACCAGCUGAGAAAUCACCUUCAUUGGGAGCACGGCCAGAGCAGAGCAUCGCCCCCUUUCUGAACCCCGACCAGAGAUCCGGAGAGAAAGCCUGCGCCGCUAGCCUCCCUUGCCAGUGCCGCGACCAUGAAGGACCGAACUCAGGAGCUGAGAAGUGCUAAAGACAGCGAUGACGAUGAAGAAGUCGUCCACGUGGAUCGAGACCACUUCAUGGAUGAGUUCUUCGAACAGGUCGAGGAGAUCCGGGGUUGCAUCGAGAAGUUGUCUGAAGAUGUGGAGCAGGUCAAGAAGCAACACAGUGCCAUCUUGGCUGCCCCCAAUCCUGACGAGAAAACCAAACAAGAAUUGGAAGACUUGACCGCAGACAUCAAAAAGACUGCAAACAAAGUGCGCUCCAAAUUAAAAGCAAUCGAACAGAGUAUCGAGCAAGAAGAAGGGCUUAACAGAUCCUCAGCAGAUUUAAGGAUUCGAAAGACACAGCACUCAACGCUGUCACGCAAGUUUGUUGAGGUAAUGACCGAAUACAACACCACGCAGUCCAAGUACCGCGAUCGCUGCAAGGACAGAAUUCAGAGACAACUGGAGAUCACUGGCAGGACAACAACCAACGAGGAGCUUGAAGACAUGCUAGAAAGUGGAAAACUUGCGAUCUUCACCGAUGAUAUCAAAAUGGAUUCCCAGAUGACCAAACAAGCGCUGAAUGAGAUCGAGACCAGGCACAACGAGAUCAUCAAGCUGGAGAACAGCAUUCGAGAGUUGCACGACAUGUUUGUAGAUAUGGCCAUGCUGGUGGAGAGCCAGGGAGAAAUGAUCGACAGAAUUGAGUAUAACGUGGAGCACUCCGUAGACUAUGUGGAAAGGGCUGUGUCCGACACAAAGAAGGCUGUGAAGUACCAGAGCAAGGCUAGGAGGAAGAAGAUCAUGAUCAUUAUCUGCUGCGUAGUACUCGGGGUCGUCCUUGCAUCCAGCAUUGGAGGAACUCUGGGGUUUUAAAAAUACAAAAAUGUAGGAAUGAAAACAAAAAAAACGAAAAACAAAAAAAACAAAAAACAAAACACAUACAAAAA